AACAUGGAUUUUCCACUAUCUUAUUAUUACAUUGCCUCAUCGCAUAAUACAUAUUUAACAAAAGACCAGUUGAAGAGCAAGAGUAGUGUGGAGAUGUACGUGCGUGCUCUGCAAAGAGGAUGCAAGUGUUUGGAGCUGGAUUGUUGGGAUGGUCCUGAUAACGAGCCAGUCAUAUACCAUGGCUACACAUUUACAUCAAAGAUUCUAUUCAAGGAUGUCGUGCAGGCCAUCAAGGAGAAUGCAUUCUGCUGCUCAGAGUAUCCAGUUAUCUUAUCACUGGAGAAUCAUUGUUCAAUUUCAGAACAGAAAGUCUUGGCUCAACAUCUCAAAAAUAUUCUUGGAGACCUGCUCUACCUAACUGCCAUUCCGACUGAUGAGUCACAGCUCCCAUCGCCUGAGAAGUUGAAAGGGAAAAUUAUAGUUAAGGCAAAGAAAAUCAAAGAGAUCUCCAUGACAGGUAGCAACAGCAGCCUCAACAACAUUGGCAACAACAACGACGACGCCACUUCGACUCCCAGCAACGACACCACCUCCAACAACACGUCAUUGUCAUCGUGGACAGACGAGGAAUCGGGCGUUAUAAAGAUGGCUAAGGAGUUGUCCGACUUGAUUGUUUAUUGCCAGGCGAAAUCAUUCAAGAGUUUUGACAGCAGCAAAAAUAAUGAUAAGCACUACGAGAUGUGCUCAUUCAAAGAGAAGAAGGCAUUGAGGCUGUGCAAGGAGGAGGUCACCAACUUCAUUGAAUACAACAGGAGACAGUUCAGUCGUAUAUAUCCAUCAGGCUACAGAAUAGAUUCAAGCAACUUCAAUCCAGUGCAGUUCUGGACUGUUGGCUGUCAGUUGGUUGCACUCAAUUACCAGACAGCCUGCAAAGAGAUGCAGUUGAACCAGGGAAUGUUCCAGAUGAAUAGAGGAUCUGGUUACGUUCUCAAACCUCAAAUGCUUAUUGAUGAGACCCAGGCCUUCGAUCCACUCCAGCUGCCAGCCACAUACAGGACAUAUUCCAUUAGGAUAGUAGGUGCCCACCAGCUGCCGUACAAAACAUCCAGCUACGUAAGGAAUGAGCGAAACUAUCACGUCCAGAUCAGGAUAUUUGGUGUCGAUGCUGACAACAACACACAACAAACAUCACUUGUCAGGAGUAACGGCUUAAAUCCAAUCUGGGAUGAGGUGUUUCUCUUCAAGAUAUACGUUCCAGAGGUAGCCAUGGUGAUGUUCAGCGUAUGCACGAAGACAUUCGUUGCCCAGUACUCUGCCCCCGUACGUGCCCUAAAGAAAGGGUGCCGAAGAGUACCCCUACUGAACAAGCAUUCGGAACCAUUCAACUUUGAUUCAUUCCUAAUAGUGCACGUU